AUGUCGGAACGUAGCUCCUUCCGGGGCGCUGGUCCCCGUGUCGGUGGGCGCGGCGGUGGGCGAGGCAGCACUGGUGGUGCCGGUGGCUAUAGCUAUCGUUCCCAGAAGGGUGGCGGUGCAGGUGGCGGUGCUUCACAUCAACAUCAACCUCAUCAUCAUCAGCAACAGCACCAGCAGCACCAGCAGCAGCAGCAGACGGGAGGGGCAGUUGGGCAGGGUGGGCAAGGCGGGCAGCAGCAGCAGUAUCAGCAGCAGGAGAAGCCGAAGAAGGAGAAUAUCCUGGACCUGGCGAAGUAUAUGGAAAAGGAGGUUUGUGUAAAGUUCAAUGGGGGCAGAGAAGUAACCGGAACUCUCAAGGGUUACGAUCAACUUAUGAACCUUGUUCUAGAUGACGUAAAGGAGGUGAUGCGUGAUGACGAGGAUAACCAAACAACCCGUCCACUCGGCCUCGUGGUGGCACGGGGCACACUGCUCGUCCUUAUCUCACCCGUUGACGGCAGUGAGGAGAUCGCCAACCCUUUCUUGCAGGCGGAGGAUCAAUGA